CGCGGCGGCCACGGCAGAAAGUGAAAACGUACUGUUGUCAGCCGUUAUGUGCCAUGGUGAGGCGGCCAGGAGCAACCGCCAACGGCCGUAGAAGCAGACCUGCCUAACGGUGACUGCAGCGCUGGCAGCCUUUCCUCUUCAGACCUUCCCCCUCUCCCUGUCCCGUGUCCCACCUGUGGAUUGAAGUUCAUCCUUCUAGCCUGCCGCCCUUGCCACAUACUGUGAGGACACCAUGGUGGAUGUAACCAAGUGGCCCAUUUUCAGCCUGAUGGGGCCUCAGGAGCUCGCUUCCAUACGGAAAGCAUGCGUGUUUGGAUCAUCUGCUAAUGAGGCCAUCUACAUUACCAAUGAUGAUGAGGUGUUUGUGUUUGGGCUGAACUGCAGUAACUGCCUGGGAACAGGGGACAGCCUGAGCACAAUUGUACCCAAAAAACUGGACUUCCUGAGUGGCAGAAAGGUGGUUAGCCUGAGUUACGGUAGUGGACCCCACAUCCUGCUGGCCACAGAGGAUGGAGAGCUAUUUGCCUGGGGCCAUAAUGGCUACAGCCAACUGGGAAAUGGGACAACCAACCAAGGAGUAGCUCCAGUGCUCGUGUCUGCCAACCUGCUCAAUAAGAAGGUCACAGAGGUGGCCUGUGGCUCUCACCACUCAAUGGCUCUAACUGAUACAGGAGAAGUGUAUGCAUGGGGUUACAAUAACUGUGGUCAAGUGGGCUCAGGCUCCACAGCGAACCAGCCCACACCCCGCAGGGUGUCCAGCUGCCUGCAGAACAAGGUGGCUGUGAGUAUCGUCUGUGGUCAGACCUCAUCCCUGGCAGUAGUGGACAAUGGAGAGGUGUACGGCUGGGGCUAUAACGGCAACGGACAACUUGGACUUGGAAACAAUGGGAACCAGCUCACCCCCUGUCGACUUGUUGGUCUGCAGGGUUUAUGUGUGCAACAGAUCGUGUCAGGAUAUGCACACUCCAUGGCACUAACAGAUGAAGGGUUGCUUUACGCUUGGGGUGCCAACACAUAUGGACAACUGGGCACUGGCAACAAGAGCAACCAGCUGAGCCCAGUUCAGAUUCUGACUGAGAAAGAGAGAAUUGUGGAGAUUGCUGCCUGUCACUCCACACACACGUCAGCUGCUAAAACCCAGAGCGGUCAGGUGUACAUGUGGGGCCAGUGCAGGGGCCAGUCCAUAGUGCUCCCUCACCUGACACACUUUGCCUGUACCGAUGAUGUCUUUGCCUGCUUUGCCACCCCCUCAGUAAUGUGGAGGCUUCUUUCAGUGGAACACGAUGACUUCUUGACUGUGGCUCAGUCUCUGAAAAAGGAGUUUGACAACCCAGAGACAGCGGACCUCAAGUUCUGUGUUGAUGGAAAAUACAUCUAUGUCCACAAAGCAGUUCUCAAGAUCAGGUGUGAACAUUUCAGAUCAAUGUUCCAGUCUCACUGGAACGAAGACAUGAAGGAGGUGAUUGAAAUAGACCAGUUCUCGUACCCUGUGUACCGCUCGUUUCUGGAGUUCCUCUACACAGACAAUGUGGAGUUGCCUCCCGAGGAUGCUAUUGGGCUGCUGGAUCUGGCCACCUCGUAUUGUGAGAACCGCCUAAAACGUCUGUGUCAGCACAUUAUCAAGAGGGGAAUCACUGUCGAAAACGCUUUUUCUCUGCUGUCUGCCGCUGUGCGCUAUGAUGCAGAGGACCUUGAAGAAUUCUGCUUCAAAUUCUGCGUAAAUCACCUGACUGAGGUGACUCAGACUGCUGCUUUCUGGCAAAUUGACGGUAAUCUGCUCAAAGAUUUCAUUUGUCGAGCCAGUCGCUGCGGAGCCUUCAAAAACUGACCUCACCUCAAGGUAC